UGCAUUGUUUUGAUUUGUUCUUCGGAUCGGAUUGGAUUUUGCAUAAAGUUUAUAAGCGUUAAAUGCUGUGUUUUAGUUCAUAACGUGAUGCUUAGGUAAAGUUACAAUGAUAUCUUUUUAUACACAACCGUGGAGACACUUGGGAUACAUUUGUACAAGCUGCCGAGUGUUAGCCACUCCUAAAUAUUUCUACAGUCAAGGGUUCGACAAAUACUCAGAGGCACAAAAGGAGAAAAUUAUCAAGAUCAUCAAUGAUGCUAACACUGAAAUUUCUGACUACAACAUAAGUAAAGCAAAACUAAAGAAGUUCUCCCAAUGGCGAAGCAGCAAGGGUCAAAUUAACACAUUAUCUGACUUGGAGUUAGUUGAAGGUUUCACAAAGAAAACCUCCAUCAAGUUGUAUGACAGCAUACUGGAAGGCCCGGAAAAGAAAGAGAAAAGGAAUAACAAGAUUAAAGGACAGAUUUUGCAUCCUGCUUUAAAUGAAAGUGUCAGAAAGAAUUGCCAAUCAGUCCUCGCGGUAUACAUCAACGUAAACUCAGUUGUAUGGACGUUGAUCAAUCGAAACGACUACACAGUGACUGACUGGAGAUAUGAUCCUAUUGAAUAUCCGGAUGGGAAGAAAUUGCAGAUCACUGAUAUUUAUGAUAUUGCAUCAUCAAUAGUACACCGUCUACCUCCAGCCGACAUCUAUAUAAUGAAGGCUGAAGCUACAUCUCUUAGGGCUGCCGGUAGCGACCCUAACAAUGCUAAAGCUAUUGCUGUGAACUUGCAGAAGGCUCAGAUGAUAGCUAUGAUUGUGGCUAUAAUCAAUUCUAGUAAUAUUGACUUCGAUGACCAAGCCAAAGAGGAUAUUCCCAAACACAAAGUAUAUUUUUAAGACAUUCCCUUCCGUACAGAUUGUACGGCACUCUCGUCGGCAACGAACGUGUAUCAACAGACCAAACCAUAGAGAUGCUCUUCCAAAACGCCAUAGAAUCAGACGUGAAAGUGCCAGAAAACCUCAAAAACAUGUUCAGGUCACAGAAAGAUUUGCCUAAAGACAUGCUUGGGCAUAGCCUGUUGCUGGGACUGACGUUUAUGGAUCUUUGCAUUUAUAAAAAUCAGGAGAGCAUAGACAAGUUGAUGAGAAGGAUUGAGAGUUGAGGGUUAUCUGUGGCGCUGGUAAGUUUUGCUUCUGUUUUAACAUACAUGGGCUAAUUUCUGAUUUUUACAUGUAA